GCGGCCUACGACAGCUUCUCCAACGCGGUGACCAAGAACACGGUGGCCAUGCUGGUGUGGCUGCUGCUGAGCGUGUCCAACGGCAGCAUGGUGCUCACCUUCCUGAGCCACAGCCGGUUCUACGAGAACCCGCGCUACAUCAUGUUCGUCUCCAUGGUGAUCAACGACGCCCUGCAGCUCAGCCUGGUGACGGCGCUCUACGUGGUGAGCUACGUCUUCCGGAGGAUCCACGCCUCCGUCUGCUGCGUCCUGAUCAUGAUGGCGGUGCUCACGACCCGCUCCACCCCUCUGAUCCUGGCCGGCAUGGCGUUGGAGCGUUACGUCUCCAUCUGCUUCCCGCUGCACUGCGGCCACAUGGUCACCGUGCGGCACACGCUGCUCCUCAUCAUCCUCAUCCUCUUCCUCACGGCCGCGCCGCCCGUCACCGACCUCCUCAUCACGGCCGUCCACCAGCCGGCCAGCUUCUUCCACACGCGCAUCUUCUGCGACCACCCGCUGCUGUUCCGUCACCGCUCCAUCUACUACAAGAACUGCGUGUUCGACAGCGUGUACCUGACCUUCGUGGCGCUCACGCUGCUCUACACCUACUGCCGCAUCAUGCUGACGGCCAGGGCCGCCUCCACCGGCCUGGCCUCCGCCCAGAGGGCGCGCAACACCGUGCUGCUGCACGGCGGGCAGCUGCUGCUGUGCAUGCUGGCCUUCGUGGUUCCUUCCCUUCAGGCGGCGCUCAUCUCCCUGUUCCCUCGCUUCAGUCUGGAGAUCCGCUACGUCUUCUUCCUGCUCGUCUACAUCAUCCCUCGCUUCAUGAGCCCCGUCAUCUACGGCUUCCGAGACGAGCUGUUCAGGAAGUACUGGACCCGGUACCUGGCCUGUCGGGGCCACCGGACCGUCAGGGUCCGACCGGUGCUACUGAAAGGGAGCCAGUAG